AUUAUUAUUUCAUUUCUACUUUCCAUUAGUGAUCACAAAAAGUCUUUUUAAUAUAACUUUAUUAUAUUUUACAAACGGUCAUGGCCUCUUCUCUUACUUAUCAACUUCGUCAACAACAGCAACAACAACAACAACAACAACAACAAUUGACUGAUAGUAAACUAGAUGGUACCACUGUCGCUACUCAUCUUCCUUCACCUCCGAAUUCCUCCUGUGGAGAAGAAACUACAACAAGUCCUGUUACUAAUGAUCAAGUACAAAAGAACCAUCAUACUCAACUUGAAGACACUACUACCAUUAGUAGUACUACUACUAAAAGUAAAAGUCUUGGCACUCAACUAUCACCACUACAACAACAACAACAACAACAACAACAACAACAACAAGAAGAAAGAAGGGAUUCCUUACAGUCUCAUUUUAGUACUUUGACCUUACAAGCCAUUUCAAACUCCCUUCCUGAAAACUAUACCAUUGACCAUUCCUCCAUCAAAGCUUCUUUACAACAGGCUUUGGCUACUACUGUGGCAGCAGCAGCAGCAGCGGCAGCAGCAAAGACAACAACAACGACUCAACAUGAUACCAAUACAACACCCAUUCCAAUCAACACUUCGUCCCCAUUACGUCGAGAAUCUCAUUCUAGUCAUUUGAGUCAUUCGUAUCGUAGUGGAACAGCAGAUUCUCCACUACAAUCCCAUUUAUCACCAGCAUCCAUAGCCGCUGCUACAGGAGGAUUGACCAUACGACAUAAUAGACGACCUUCAGCAGCUAUAGAUCAGCAGCAACGAAAACAGCGAGGAUUACCAACAACUGAUGUAUCAUCCUUACCGAAGGCAUCACAUUCUUCUAAAUCUUCGACUUCAUUACCAUCUUCAGCAUUUUCAGGCUUAUCAUCAUCCACUCCUUUAUCUAAUUCAAACCAUGGUGGCACUUUUCAUCAUCGAUGUGAUGAUUGUGGCAAAGUAUACAAACAUCCAAGUUGUUUGACCAAGCAUCGAUGGGAACAUUCGGAAGAAUGGGAGUUAACAUCCAAGUUAUUAUUGACCAAACAUCAACAAGUACAAAUGUUGGAAGCCGCCGCUAUCUUGGUCAGUAUGGAUCCUCAACAAAAACAGCGACAACAACAACAAGAAGAGGAAACAUUGGAAGAGAGUGAUAUGGAUCAAGAUGACGAAGAGGUGGAUAUAUUGAAUGAUGAUUCGGAUGAUGACGCUACAGUUGAUCUCAAUCAUGCACAAGACGACGAGGAUGAUGAUGAUGAAUCCAUUCAUAUUGAUGAUGAUGAUGAUGAUGAUAUCUCGAUUGAAAUGGAUCAAGACGAUCAGAUGACGGAACAGCAUACCUUUCCCUCCAUGGUUGGCUCAACUCCUGCGAUGUUACCUGCCUCCUUCUCUACCAAUAUUGUUUAAUACUUUUUUUUGUUUCUUUUCUUAGUUUAGUAUUUUUUUUUUUAUUCAUUUGUAUAUUCCCCUCUCCUCUCCCUCUUUUCCCCUACCCUCAUUUAGGAUUUAGUUCAUACAUAUAUAUACUUUUUUUUAUCUUUAUUUAAGACCUGUAAUAAACUUUUGUUUUUUUUUUUAUCAUCAUU